AUGUAUACCUCAACUAUUUCCGACCAAACUGAUCAAGGAACUCUCGCCCGCUACGACGGUGCCAACCCCGGUGAAUACUUGAGUGACUCAGUUAGCUAUAAUAAUGAUUCUGAUUGUGGAUCAGAUGAUUAUAAUAACUACGAGUCUAAUUAUGAGUCCGAUAAUGAAAAAGCUCCCUGCGCUUCAACCAGCACUACUGAAGCUGUAAAAGAACGAAAGGUUAAUGUGACAUAUACUUUGAGGCAAGAAAACUUCAAUGAUAAAUUUUCCCCUAAAGAUUUGCUAAAUACCAUUCGGGGGAUUCUCUCAUCAUCGCCUAGAGAUAUGUCAGACGAUAAAGGAUCGUUGGAUUGCCUUCCAAUCUAUUCGUUCCUCUUUCCAAAUGAAAAAGGCUCUAACAACAUUUCUGAAGUAUAUGGUCUACCUGGGAUUCACGAAUGUAUUAAUAGACAAAAACCUUUAAGAGCCGUGAUUGACAUAGAUGCUUUGCAAGAAGAUAUGGAAGUGACUGGUGUUAAGGCACAAGAAGUAUUCUUUCGAAUCUGCCUAUCUUUCAUAAGAGCUUUGUAUCGAAUUCUUGAUUGUAGCUGGGAGGAUAUUCUUAAAGGGUUAAUAGUUACUACAUCAACGGAUCCUAACAAAUGUAGUUAUCAUAUUUUUUAUGCACUAGCUUUCCUUAUUGAUCAUCAUGAACUCAAAGCGUUUACAGAAUUAGCAUAUACCAUAACCGGUGAAAAAUUUGGCAAGGUUCAACUGCCUCCUAGAUUGGGACUUGAAGUAAGACCUCAGAUGCUUAGUGAAGAAAAAAAUAAUAAUCCACUAAGAAUAAUCGUGGGUCAGAAUGUAUUGCAAAAAUGCGCGAAUCUUAUUUUGCAAAAGCAUUCUAACUAUCUUAGGGAUUGGACUAUCAAAGAAAAAGAUUCGGAAAACUUCGUAUAUUUCAACCGGAAAGGUCCACUAGAAUGUUCACUAUGUAAACGUAUACAUGACAAAGAUCAGCAGUGGUUCAGUCGUGUAUAUGCCAGCAAUGGAACAUUCAUUGUAAAAUGCUUCUGGCAAGAUACUGAUGAACUUAGGGAAGUUUUUGAAUGCGACCCAUCUAUUGCAGAAAAAAUUCAGCAAGAAAAUAAAAAUUCUCCACAAUCUUUCCACAAGGUAAAGGCUCCGGGUUUCCCUAAAGCUUUCGUAAAAAUGCCAUCUUGGGUCAAGUAUAUUGAUCCCCUUACAGCGACAGAAACAUAUGAGGAGAGAUAUGUAAGAUCAUUACCCAAUGAAGGCGAUAUAUAUGUGAAGUCGCCUUGGGAAACAGGAAAAACAUAUGUUCUUAAAAAUUUGGUUAUUCCUGAUGACGUAAACUUACUAGUACUGUCUACGCGCUACUCUUACUCGAAUGCUGUUACUACAAGGCUUAAUCAUAGGUCAUAUUUUGAUAUUGAUGGUAAUAUAAAUCUACCCGAUCACAAGAGGGUGGUAUGUCAAAUAGAGAGUUUACAUCGUAUUGUUAAUAAAUGCAAAUGUAAUAAAAAAUGCAAAUGCCUCCCAAUCCAAUAUGACUUAUGGCUUGAUGAAAUAGUAUCUAUAAUUGCUCAAGCACAAAGUCGACUGGCGGGACAAUCAAUAGAGAGAUUAUAUAAAUUAAUCCAAGAGGCUAGACAGAUUAUUGUCAUGGAUAAUGAUCUUACUGAUCUAAAUAUUGAAUGGAUUAAGCCCCUUCGCAAGGAUAAACCAUUUUCAGUUAUCUACAAUACUUACCAGCCUCAGAAUGGUAAAACAUUCCGCUUGGCUCUUAAUAAAGACGGAAACUGUGUUAGCCGAACUCUGGGAUUGGGCUAG